CAGCCCAUGGACCAACAGGUCAUUUCUAACUUCAAAAAACUCUACACAAAAGCAGUGUUUCAAAAGUGCUUUGAAGUGACAUCGGACACUCAGUUGACCCUAAGAGAGUUCUGGAGGAAUCGCUUCACUCUCCUCCAUUGCAUAAGCCUUAUAGGUAAGGCUUGGGAGGGAGUGACUUCCAGGACUUUCAACUCUACUUGGAGAAAACUGUGGCCAGACUGUGUCCAAGAGAGGGAUUUUGAAGGGUUGGAGGCUGACCCUGACCCUGCCGACCCUGUGGACUCUGGGGAAGUCCCUGGGGUUGAAGGUGAGUGGCGAGGAUGUGGAAGAGUUGGUGGAGGACCACAGGGAAGAGCUGACCACUGAAGAGCUGCAAGACCUUCAACUUGAACAGCAACAGACUGCAGCUGAGGAACUUGUUUCAGAGGAGGAGGAAGAGGGAGUGAAGGAGGUGCCUUCUUCAGAGAUUAAAGAGGUGUGUGCAGUGUGGACUAAGGUGCAAGCUUUUGUAGAGAAACACCACUCUGACAAAGCUGAAACAAGCCAUAUCUGCAACAUGUUUAGUGACAAAACUGUGUCUCACUUCAAGGAAAUCUUAGAGAUGCCAGAAACAGAGCACUCUGGACAGUUAUUUUGUGAGACAGGGGUCCAGUGACUCUCAAGCUGGUCCUAGUGGCAUUAAAAGACAAAGAAGGGAAGUAACCCCAGAGAAGGCUUUGUUACCUAAAGUCUUAAUGGAGGGGGAUUUCCCUUUCAAACACCAACUCCUCCCUCUUUCCUCUUCUCUAUCUUCCAGAAGCCAGCAUUAGCCUUCAAUAAAGGAUUGUUGUCUGAUAGUGAACAGCAGAACAGCAGUUUCUCCAGUUGUAUUUUCAUGUUGAAGAAGAAUUACUUCGUUUACUGGGACGUAGACACAAGCGGCAAUGGAGAAGGAAUCCAUGGAACCCAUAGUUAACAGAGAGGAUGAAACAGUAAAUCCAGUUAAAACAGAAGCUUCUUCAAGUGACACAGAGUUCAGUGCUCUUGAUAUUUCUACAGAAACUGUAAUUUUCUCCUCAUUUUGUUCAUAUUCAGAAACAAGCCAGAGUGAUUUUGACUUAUCACAAGAGGAAAUUAACAUGACCGAACAUGAUUUACUUUCCCAAGCCUUUGUGACUUUAGAAAGGAGAAAAGAAUUAUGGCAAGAAAUUUGUAAUGAGGCCAGCCAGACAAAGUAACCUGGGAGGCAUAGAUUUUUCAGCUGUGUGAGUGUAUGUGUGAAGCAUCAGUAUGAUGGAGAGAGUGGUAGUGUUGCUGGACAUGGAUUGUUUUUAUGUGCAGGUAGAAGAGCGUGACAACCCACACAUGAAGGGAGUGCCAGCAGCUGUGGUCCAGUAUAACUCUUGGAAAGGUGGAGGCAUUAUAGCAGUCAACUAUGAGGCUCGCAGUUUUGGUGUGAAGCGAGGGAUGCGGGGAGAUGAAGCUCGCAGCAAAUGUGCUGACAUACAGUUAGUGCAAGUACCUGUCAACCGAGGAAAGGCUGACCUUACCAAGUACAGGAAUGCUGGGAAGGAGGUGAUUGAUGUAUUGUGUGACUUCAGUGGAUGUGUAGAGAGAGCAAGCAUAGAUGAAGCAUAUAUUGAUCUCACUAAUGUUAUUGAAGGAAAACUGAAGCAGUUAGAUGGAAAAAAAUUGACACCUGACUUAUUGCCAUCCACCUGGGUAGUUGGUUAUGACAUACCCGAGAGUGAGGAUAAACAAGGUGAGUUAUAAAGUACUGUCCAUCUG